GAAAUUCAGAACUCCUUCCCUCCUCCCUUUUCUACCCUCAAGUUCCCAUAAGUAUUUCAUAUUGAAAAUUCUAUAAAUAAAUUGUUUUUUUUUACCUACUUAUGUUCGAAAAGUACCCAAUAACUUCUGAUAAAAUUGUACAAAAAGCAUUCACUCCAAAAGGCGACUACUAAUGGUGGUCAACGAAAAUAUUAGAAUGGUAUAAAUGGUUAUGUUGUUGAAGUAUGUAUUACUGCUAUAUUUUUUUAUUGUAAUUAUGUAAAUAUGGGUUUUGUAAAAUUUAUUGGAAGAUCUUGUGGUUUUGCUGGAUAUGUUUUACAAUACGCCUGCAUCACACACUGUACUUUUGAGUAUGUAGGAGACUUGGUUAUGUGUUCUGGGCCUUCCAUGGAACCAACAUUAGAAUCUAACAACAUACUAUUUACAGAACACAUAUCUCCUAGACUACAAAGAUUAAAACGUGGUGAUAUAGUCAUAGCUCGCAAUCCUUCAAAUCCAAAACAGAAUAUAUGCAAAAGAAUAGUUGGUAUGCCCGGCGACAGAAUGAGAGGACAUUUCCCGAGGUAUAAUCAGGUUGUACCCAGAGGUCACGUUUGGUUGGAAGGAGAUAAUUCUAGUAAUUCUGCAGACUCUAGGGUGUAUGGAGCGGUACCAGAAGGUCUAAUUCGUAGUAGAGUUAUAUGUAGAGUUUGGCCUUUGGAUAAAAUAGCUUCGUUGACAAGCUAUUAAUAACUUAUUUUUCUAUUAAUUAAAAAUGUGUGAAUAGAUCUGUUUUCCGACUUGUUUGUUUUAUCUUUUUGUCUUAUAAGUACUUUCAAUUUUAUUGUAUGAUUUGUUUGGUUUGUGUAGUUCAAAAAAGUAUGGUCUUUGUUUAGAUUUUCAUCAUUUCUAUGACAACUCCCUUGUAACUUGUUUUUGUUAAUGCAGUCCUAUUAGUAUUAUCUUCUCAUUUUCUUCUUUUCUUUCUUUAUCUUGCUUUAAAUUUUCUUUCUUUAUCUUGAAUCCCAUUUUAAUAAACAUAUAGAUCAUGAUAUUUUGAAUUAUAUUGCUAUAGAUAAAUGGUGAAUGCAUCCUAUUCACACAUGCUCAAUCUGCUAAAAAAGCACUAUAAUGUAUUAGUGUAAUUGACAUGAAUUUAUUUUAGAUGUGCGAAGUUACAUAGAAACAGCCACUGUGAUUAGGAGUAAUGUAAAUAAAAAUGUUAUUUUUAUGAA